CCCUUUCCUUGUAUAUUUCUCAUCCUCCGCUGCGUGUAAAUGACAGUAGAGAAAUUGAGAGAAAGCAGCAACAGAGACAGUAAGAGCAAAGCGAUUGAUUCGUGCAUUCAAAGAAAUCCUUUUGAUUAAUCUUACGCCUUAACAAACCAACCCCACCAAAACUUCAUUCUAACUCAACAAAUACCCUUUCCUUCCCUACUUCUUCUCCUUCAAUUUUAUAUUUUCUCUCUCUAACUCUCUCUCUCUCUCUCUCUCUCUCUCUAGCAGUAGCUUGGAGAGAAAGAGCAGCAGCAGAAGAAGAAAUGAAGCUCUCGGCGUUGCAGCAGAGCUACAUGAACCGCCGGAGCACUAGCUUUAGAGGAUCAGCUCCGUUAGAUUCGUCUUCUGACAGCGCGAUUAAAUCUCCUGCAGCUAUCUUUUGGCUUGUUCUACACGGUGUUUGCUGCCUUAUUAGUCUUGUGCUCGGUUUCCGUUUCUCUCGUCUUGUUUUUCUGUUUCUUUUCUCUACUUCUACUAAUCUCUAUGGAACGCCGUUCCGUCAGCUCACCACCACCGCUGACCUUGCUAAUCCUCUUAGUGUUCCUUCGAAUCCGAUUUCUAACACUGAACCGCCUGUAAUUAAUAAAACGGUGAGCUCUAGAGUGGUAGUUGGGCGCCAUGGGAUCCGGAUCCGGCCUUGGCCUCACCCGAACCCGAGUGAGGUGAUGAGAGCGCAUCAGAUAAUUGAGAGAGUGCAGAGAGAGCAGAGGAUUCAGUUUGGAGUGAAGAGCCCUAAGACUGUUAUCGCGGUUACGCCGACUUAUGUACGGACUUUCCAGACGCUGCAUUUGACUGGCGUUAUGCACUCAUUGAUGGUUGUCCCUUACGACGUCGUGUGGAUCGUUGUAGAGGCCGGUGGAGUCAGUAACGAAACCGCUUCGAUUAUUGCAAAGUCGGGAGUUAAGACUGUUCAUAUCGGGUUCAAGCAGAAAAUGCCGAAUUCGUGGGAGGGACGGCAUAAGUUGGAGGCUAAAAUGCGACUUCACGCUUUGAGAGUUGUGAGAGAGCAGAAGCUGGAUGGGAUAGUGAUGUUUGCUGAUGAUAGUAAUAUGCAUAGUAUGGAACUCUUUGAUGAAAUCCAAAACGUGAAGUGGUUUGGUGCUGUUUCCAUUGGGAUUCUGGCUCAUUCAGGUGGUGCUGAUGAGCCAUCAUUGGCUACGGUUGAGAAGGAGAUAGAGAAGAGCCAGUCAAUGCCUGUGCAGGGCCCUGCUUGUAAUGCAUCUAACAAGCUGGCUGGUUGGCACACCUUUAAUUCACUGCCAUAUGAGGGAAAAAAUGCAAUUUAUAUUGAUGACAGGGCAACUGUGCUGCCCCAGAGGCUAGAAUGGGCUGGGUUUGUGUUGAAUUCUAGAUUGCUUUGGAAGGAAACUGAAGAUAAGCCAGACUGGAUAAAUGAUUUAGAUUCUGUUGAUGAGGAUAUAGAGAGUCCUCUACCUCUGUUGAAAGACCCUUCUAUGGUGGAGCCACUAGGAAGCUGUGGGAGACAAGUUUUGCUGUGGUGGCUUCGUGUUGAAGCUCGUAGUGAUAGCAAAUUUCCUCCAGGAUGGAUAAUCGAUCCUCCAUUGGAAAUUACGGUCCCAUCAAAACGAACACCAUGGCCAGAUGCUCCUCCUGAGCUUCCUGCUAAUGAAAAGCCAGUGAUUAGCACCUCAGUCUCAGAGCAGACUGUUAAGCACACAAAGACCCGAUCGUCAAGAUCGAGACGCAGUUCUCGGAGUAAGAGAAAGCACGAAGCAAAAGUUGUUGACACACAGGUUUCUGUAAGACACUCCGAGCAAAACUGAAAACAUUUAAACUAGAACACAAUAUAUAGUUUCUAUGAGAAUUUGAGACUUGAAGCCUUCAACAUGAAUUUGAUUGACAAA